AUUUGUUUUCAGAUAAUUCUUUAUCAGUAUACAGAAUAUAAGGUCAAGCGUUUCUCCUUAAAGAACAAUUUGCCACACACAUACGCACAAAUCCAUAGAUAUCAUAUCCAGAUGGAGGAGAUAUCAGAGACGGCUAAAGCAUACUACGCAAACUUGUCAGAAAAGCAGAAGCGAUUAGCAACCGAUCUUUUCCGAUCAAUAGAUACGAAUGGAGAUGGAGAAAUCAGUUUCGAGGAAUAUCAGCAAUACCUUAAGCAGAAGGGCUUUAAAACAAUUGCUUCUCCCGACUUCUUUAGAAAGCUAGACCAGAACGGAAAUGGCAGCUUGGAUUUCGAUGAAUUCGUGACUGUGCACUACAUAUAUUCAAGCGAAAGAGUUUUUGUUUGUGAUGAGUGUAGAGCGUAUCUUGAUGGAGUUUACUUUACUUGCGUUCAAUGCUUCGAUGGUCCUGGUAAUACCUAUGAUCUUUGUUGUGGUUGUUAUCGAGAUAAAAAUAUCAAUCAUCAUAAGGAUGCUUUGUUCCUUGAUAAUUACACAUUGCUACAAGCCAAGAGGCAUCAGAAUAAAAAGGGUCAGGGCAAAAAUAAAGGAUCAUUAGAGGCCGCAAUUGCUGGUAUGGAAACUACAUCCAAUCUCAUCAACUUAUGCAGCCAAAUGUAACCCGGCAAGCCCUUCCGUCUCUUCUUUUGGGUAGCAUUUUUCAAUUUUAUUUAGAAAAAAAGUUGUCUUAUUUAGAGGGUAUUUGAUUUAACUUAUGAAAAAUCAGCUUACAAGCACUUGUAUUUAUAAGCUAAUUUGAGCUUUUA